AUGGCUGCUCGUUCAAGUGACUUUGAUGAAGCUCUCGAUGGAUACUAUUGGCGUCAUCGACAUGUUGGAUUUGGAUCUGGGCCCGAGAAUCUUUUCUCCAUUUCAACCUCGUUCAAAAAGGAAAUCCCAUUGCCACAUUUGUCGAACUGGGAUGGAAUCAAUGAGAGUUUUAUGCUGGCAUCGGAUCGUCUACUCGUCUUCGUGAAGAAACGUGGCCUCUUGUGGUCGACCUUUUCGGAGCCACAAAUGAAACCCAUUUACAUGACAACCGAUCGACAUCUUCUCGUCUACACUCAACUCAAUCAAGGCUAUCUUCUUGACAUGCGUGAAGCUUAUUCAAUUGUCGUGUGGAUGAAAGCAACGAAAAGAAACAACGGAACAUCCUAUCGUCUGAGCCAAAUCAAGCUGAAGUUUGCUUUCGGAACUCUCUACUUUUGGGUGCCCUCACAUCUGCACGUUCCACUUGGUGUCAAAUGGCGACACAUUCUACAAAUGACGUUUCGAGGAGAGUGUGAGAGUUGGCCCACUCAAGAAGGACAACAUAGCUCACUCAACCUGAAAGAAGCCAAGGGAGCCCUAUUGAGUUUGCCACCUACUUCAAAGAAGGAAGUUAGCGAUAUCUCACGUACUCCAAGGCCUUCACGAUCUCCAAAAGUAAGCAGCGAAACGGCAAUUGAAGUGCUUGAUGAGGAAUCGACCGCGAUUUCUGAGUAUUGUGCCUCCGAACUUCGAAUCAACGGAAAAAUUGAAUUGACUCACGAAGAAGAGGCGGCUGAAAGGAAUUAUUUCGAUGCAGCUACUGCAAUUCCAUCAUUCUCUCGUUUGGAGCGUGUGCGUCGUUUCUUGAAGCCGAAUCGUUUUCUUGUCGUCAAGCGUUCCGCAUCAACACCGCUCUUUUUGCCAAGCACAUGUACUUCAUUGGAGACAAUCUCGGAAGUUGAUUCAAGCAACUCAGGAUUCUUUUCGGAUGUGACAAAUACGGAGGAUGUAAGUUGCCGAGCUAACCCAAAUGUCACUGUGGCGCAGAUGCGUGAACAGCUCGAAACUCAUUCAAAGAGAAACCCUCGAACGGGACUUUUUGGCCGGUUUAUGCCGCGAUCGCCGAAGAAAACUGGAGAAAAUUUCUCUCCAAAGAAGCUCCUUGUUGAUCAAUCAAAACUCGACCCAUCAGAGACAAUGGCC